AUGUCUAACGAUAAAGAUACGAACAGUAACAAUAAAACAAGUAACCAAAUCAACGACUUACAACGAAAAUGCAGUGAUAUUAGUAUCAAUCUACAACGAAGAUUCAGUGAUGUUAGUGAAUGUGUUGUCAGAAGACAACCUCAAUCGGUCUUUUCAUUACGAGCUUUUAGCAUCAUUGUUCUUGCCAUCACUAUUAUUGCAUUAUGUUAUAAUAUGGAUUUGUUAAAUAUAUCUCCAACCAAGCAUUUUGGAAAACAUUUCAUGCCGGCUGUCGACCUGCCCAUUUUCAGAAAUCUCGUGAAAAUCACUAGUUUGCUUUCCGGACAACUCGCUGGACUUAGUAUUACAGCACCAUCUGAUAUUAUGAGAUGUAGUUUCAGAAGUAGUUCUCUUGCUCAUAAAGUUGCUUACAAUCAGCAUUUGUUUAACGACUCGGUCGAAAUGGUAAAGUAUCUCAACGAUCUUAGUGAUAAAACAUUCGACCUAGGUCAAGCCAUCGAAAAAAUGUAUCCUACUGGAGAAUUUACUCUUAGAGUGCUGGGAAAGGAAUUAAGCUUUAUCGUCGACCAAAUUCAACCUGACCAAGUUCUUACGCAGAAAAACAUAGUUUUCUUUGAGAUCCGUUACAGAAUGAUUCUAAAAGUUGUCACUGACUUGCGAGAUCGAUUUCAAAAAGUUAUGAAAGAACUUGAUGAAGUUUAUAUCGCCUAUAGUGGAAGAAAAUAUCAACUGAAACACGGAAUGAAUGAUAUAGAAACUUUUUUUAACCGCAUUGCUCCGAUAUUGGAUCCGCUGUACGAUACGGAACGAAUAACACGUGAUCUUGCUUAUUUGAAACGGAUCAUGGGGCAAAUUCCUAACAUUCGCAAUCAGAUUAGUUACCUAUUGUUUGAAUUUAAUCAACAUCGGCAGGUGUUGAUUUGGUAUUGCAACGAAUGGGAUCAAUUACAAAGACGAAAGUUGGUUACUCUUGAGGAUAUUGAGGAUUUGGUGUUUAUGUCAAAUAGAUUAGAUAGUAUUGCUGACAUCUUUAAAAGGAAAAUUGAUGAAAAUACUGAUCUAGUAAUCCGUAUACCCAAUCUCAGUCAAAAUUAG